GUGGCCCUCGUAUGAGUACGCUAAUUGGGUUUUUAACCUCGUCCAAUAAGGGAGCCCUGGCUGACGGAUGUAAACAGGAGGGUCAGAGAUUCUGCUCACUCUGAGAGCUGACUCUGCAGGAGCUGGGUCUGUGUCAAAGACUCUUCAUGUGUAAAUAAAGGGGGACUUGGUGACAGGAUACCGACCUCUGGGGAGUUAUUUCAUGAAUCUUUGGAAUUACAUAGUCCAGAAACUUGUGGAUCAUUGGGAUUAUCUACUCAGGGAGUUGUGAAUGCUCUCCCACUGAGUAUAUUCAAGACUGAGAGACAAAUUACUGGUGUCAAAAAUAAGCAAGUGUAAAAAAUAAACAGGAGGGUCAGAGGUUCUGUUCACUCUGAGAGCUGGCUCUGAGGAAGCUGGGUCUGCGUCAGACACUCUCCAUGGGUAAAUAAAGGGGGACUUGGUGAUGGGAUACCAGCCUCUGGGGAGUUAUUUCAAAGAUGGGACCCCUUCCUGACGUGUUUCGUUGUUGAGAACUGUUGAUGUGUGCCGAUAGACAAUUGCAUCGCUCUGUGGGUUGGAUUGUGGAAUGGGGAAGGGGUAAUCUCAAAGGUUCCCUGAUAUAAGUCCAUUCCAAAGCACAAGAACAAGAAACUAGAAUGUAACUCCCAUCAAGCAAUGAAUACAGCCCCACCCUAACCAACCACCCUGGUUUGGGCAGGAAUGGAGGUCCCACUGAAGGUCGCGAUGGCCCCCUGGCUAAUGAGGUGGUGGAAUAUUCCUCAAACUUUGUUUCAUUAUCUUUGCAGUGGGAUAGAGAUCAUAAUGUCAUCAGAGAAGUGGACUAUGGGAGUGGGAGAUUAAAUAGUAAAUUUAGUCAAAAGACCAUAUUCAUUUGUUGAAGGUAGAAAGAGCUUUACUCUGUAUCUAACAACGUGCUGUCCCUGUCCUGGUAGUGUUUGAUAGGAGACAGUGUAGAGGGAGUUUUACUCUAUAUCUACCCUGUGCUGUCUCUGUCCUGGGAGCGUUUGAUGGGGACAGUGUUGAAAGCUUUUUUCUGUGUCGUGCUGCUGCUUCAGGCAGUGUAAGAGUUAAGGUUUUGAGAAGUCAGUGACAGAAACAACAUUCCUGCUGUGGGAGUGUGUCUGAUGAAGAGGCCAUUGUUUGAAAUCAUUCAGGGUCAGUAAUCAUAUUGGUCAUUCAUUAAACAGCGAGCAGAUCCAGUCAGUUUGUUCAUAGUGAAGGUGGAUCUCCAGGAGUCUGUGCUAGGCCCUGAGCGACAUUCCUGUAUCACACACUGAACGGAGAAAUGGCCUGGCGCUGGUUCUUAGUCCUGCUCACUGUAUGCUUGGCUACUUUGUGGAAGAAGUCCUCAGUUACAGUCAAGUGUUGGAAAGAAACCGAUCACCUCCAGCCUGUGGUCAGAAUCGAGGGUGGCCUCAUUCGGGGAGAACAGCAGGAGGUCGAAGGGAUUCCCAGGGCAGUCUUUGGGUACCUCGGAAUCCCAUUCGCAGCACCUCCCGUGGGGGCCCUGAGGUUUGCUCCUCCCAAGAAACCGGAGCCAUGGACAGGAAUCCGCAAUGUUACAAGCCACCCACCAAUGUGUCUGCAGAAAGUCAGGAAGCGUUUGGAGCUCUUCCCAGUGCCUGCCAGUGAGGACUGCCUGUAUCUCAGUGUCUACAGUCCAGUCCAUCCUUCACAGCAGAACAGCUCUCUACCUGUUAUGGUCUGGAUCCAUGGAGGAGCCUUCAUUCUGGGCAAGAGCUCUAUCUUUCAUGGGACAGCUCUGGCCGGUUAUGGUAAUGUCAUUGUCGUGGUGAUUCAGUACAGGAUCAGUGUGGCUGGCUUCCUCAGCACAGGAGAUGAAUAUGCUCGAGGGAAUUUUGGAUUCCUGGACCAGUUAGCAGCCCUGCAGUGGGUACAGAGGAAUAUUCGGGAGUUUGGUGGAAACCCGGGAUCAGUCACACUGUUUGGACAGUCAGUUGGAUCACUCAGUGUUUCACUACAUACUCUAUCUCCAUUAUCCACUGGCUUGUUCCAUCGGGCAAUAUUGCAAAGUGGAAGCUCUCUAAUGCCAGGAUUAGCACCUCCAGUACCAACCCAGCUGGCACAGGAAGUUGCUCAGAUAGCAGGAUGUGAUAGCACCCAGUCACAGCUACUGCUGCACUGCCUUCGUAACAAGACUGAGGAAGAGAUGGUUCAAAUCACCACCAGUUUGAAUGAGCUGUACCAGUUAAUUCCCGCUCUCAUUGUGGAUGGACAUUUCCUUAAUGAUGAUCCCUGGAAGAUGUUCCAGAGAGGACAGUUUCAGCACAUCCCGAUCCUGGUCGGAGUGACCACAGAGGAGGUGAUAGGAAGCCUUGUCCACCCAGAGCAAAUCAUUCUGCCCGACUGGGAAACGGGAAUAAGCAGAGAACAAAUUCAGGAGAAAAUUAACCAGUUUAUCAAACCCCUAUUUGGUGAGGAGAAUGGAGCCCUGAUUUUUGAUGAAUACUUUGGGGAUGAAGAUGACUGUGAGACACUGAAGGAACGGUACCUCGACCUGUUUGGCGAUGUGUUUAUAACUAUUCCCACCCUGAGAGCUGCCCAGUAUUACAAAGAUGCUGGGAACCCUGUGUUUCUGUAUGAGUUCCAGCACCGUGCAAGUUUCUAUCAGAGAAGAAUACCCCAGUUCAGGAGAGCCCCUCAUGCAGCGGAGCUCUCCUUUGUCUUUGGUGGACCCUUCAUCCCUGCUUUCGAUGUGUUACUCGGUAACGUGACUGAAGUAGAAAAGAGUUUGAGUAAGAUGGUGAUGUUAUACUGGGCCAGCUUUGCGUGGAAUGGGAAUCCCAACAGAAAUGAGUUACCAAAUUGGCCGAUGAACAGUGACUUUGGAAAAUACAUGCAGUUCAACCUCAACUUGCAAACAGGCAACAAUUUAAAGAAAGACAAGCUCAAAUUUUGGUCUAACAAGCCUCCAAAAAUAAUUGCAAAAAUACUAAUCUAGUUUAAAGUUAAUUCCAAGCCUUUGUUUGAAAUGUCAUAAAGUGUUUAAAUUUGUGGGUGUUACCUUGUACCAAAAUGUACAAAUGCACAACACACACAUGACCUGACAAAAGUGCCUGUACAAACACACACAAUAAGGUAGAAAUACAUAUCCAAACACACAUACACAACUUGUACAAAGACACACAAAGACAUACAUAAACUGGCACAUACACACAACUUUCUAUAGGUGCUCACAUAAUCAGAUGUUGGACAUAUCUUUCUCACAAAUUAAUUGAAUUGAAGUAGACUGACAAGAUAGGAAAAGGAAAGUGACACUAAACAGAAGUUUGAACUGACCUUACAUUCAUUGCUAGAUCAUUAAAAAUGAACCGUAAAGCCAAGAUUAUUGUAUUGGAGAAGGAGCUGAGAACAAUCACAGCAACGAUGGUGAA